CCGCUUGCUACGACGAGUACGAGUAAAAAUGUUGAGCUCGCCAGCGCUGUGCAAUCAGUUCGAGUUCUCGCGUCGUCGAAAGUGGACGUAUAGGCUGUGCACGAUUUUACGCGAAAAACGGGUUUUUCAGUUUUUCUUUUUACCAAACACACACACACACAAAGCUUUAGUUGAAGCGCAGAAAAUCGAAGCGACUGUAGAGUACAUAUGAAAAAGUCAAUAAUGACCGAAAACAAAAGUCGUGCAAGUGUUUGCUACUAGCUUUACACCGCCCAACAAAUGAAAGGCGUUUAAGCCAAUAAAAAAGAGAAUAAUUUCGUGUGUUUCAGUUUACGAACGAAGUGAAGCAAAAGAAAAAAAAACAACACAAAACUGGUGUAGUGAAAAAGUUUGAACGACGACGAUUACGUUGACAAGUGAUUUGCUUUGCGUGCUGUGCGUGAAAAUUGUUGAGUGAAAAUUUCAGUUAAUGAAAAAUUCAUGAAGAAAAAUACGAAAAUUUACAUGGUGGACUAAGUGUUAUGUGUUUUGGGAGAAAAUCGUAUAAAUUGGAAAUUAAAUUGAAACAACGCAGCUGAAACAGUGCAAUCGAUUUGCAUACAAAAUUCGUUUACAAACCAAAUAAAUUUGAAAAAGUGACUAAAAAUACAGUGGAGAGCAACAACCAUUGAAUGUGCACAGUUAGUGUUUACCGCAAUGAAAUAGCUAAAUGAUUUUGUUGAAGUGUGGCGCUUACUUGAACGCAGCGCGCAUUAAACGCGUUUGUAUGCCAGCGCACAGGUGUACAACAACACACUAACAAAGAAAAAUAAAAAAUUUAAUAAAUAAUUAAAAAACAAAUUAAAAAUGUGCAAAUUAAGCAGACUGCCAAUGCGUCGCCACGCUACAUACAGCGCUUGCACGCUGCUGUUACUAACCGCGUACAUCAUCAGCAACGGUUGCAUAUGUGCCGCGCUACACAGCAAGGGCGCCGACAGACCAGAGUCCAACUAUGCUCUUUCCUCCGAUUCAUCCUCGGCGAGUGCGGCCAGCAUGAUGGCCACCUCAAUAGCAGGCGCGGCUGCCACUGCAGGCGCUGGCAUUACAAGCGCCACAAACAAUAAGGAUGCGUCGAGCGCUAUAACUGGUGACGAUGCCUCCGCUGCCGCAGCACAGCCAGCGCCGACCAAUCAAUGUUCCUGGCAGUACAAUGGCACCACAUCGGUACGCUGCAAUCUACGCACCAUUGAACGGCAUAUCGCGCUCGAUUUGCAGGGCGCUGAUGGUACCAGUCAACUGGAGAUCAAAUGCAGUGAACUCUACCUCUUCGAAUCACAAUUGCCACAGGCGGCAUUUGCGCGCCUCCAAACGCUCGAUGUGCUGCGUAUUGAUGGCUGCAAAUUGCUGCAAUUGCCAAAUAAUGCUUUCGAAGGGCUGAAUGUGUUGCGCACGCUGGCGGUGAAUACGCGUAAUCCCGAUUGGGGACCAGGCAAAACUUUGGAACUCUAUCCGGACUCGUUGAAUAGCCUGAAGCAGUUGACCGAAUUGCAGUUGGGCCAUAAUAAUUUACGUGCGCUACCAGCUGGGUUCCUCUGUCCGGUGGGGAAUUUGCAAGUGUUAAAUUUGACGCAUAACCGUAUACGUUCGGCGGAGAAUUUGGGUUUCGCCGAUAUGAAUUGUAAUGGCGGCAGUGAAUUGCAAGCUUUGGAUGCGAGUUACAAUGAGCUGCGCUCGGUGACAGAGAGUUGGGGCAUAUCGCGACUGCGACGCUUACAACAAUUAAAUUUACAGCAUAAUAAUAUAUCGGAGUUGUCCGGUGAGGCUUUGGCUGGCUUGAGUUCGCUGCGUAUUGUCAAUUUGAGCAAUAAUCAUUUGGAAACACUGCCAGAGGGUCUAUUUGCCGGUUCGAAGGAGUUGCGUGAAAUACACUUGCAGAACAAUGAACUUUACGAAUUGCCCAAGGGACUUUUCCAUCGUCUUGAACAGCUGUUGAUUGUGGAUUUGUCCGGCAAUCAGUUGACCUCGAAUCACAUAGACAAUACCACAUUUGCUGGCCUCAUACGUUUGAUUAUACUGAAUUUGGCGCAUAAUGCGUUAACAAGAAUUGACUACCGCACCUUCAAGGAGUUGUAUUUCCUGCAGAUUUUGAACUUGCGCAACAACUCGAUUGGACAUAUUGAGGAUAAUGCAUUUUUGCCACUCUACAACUUGCACACCUUGAAUUUGGCUGAGAAUCGUUUGCAUACCUUGGAUGACAAGCUAUUCAAUGGUUUGUAUAUCUUGUCGAAGCUCACACUAAACAACAACUUAAUUAGCGUGAUUGAGCCAAAUGUCUUCAAAAACUGUUCGGAUCUCAAGGAACUGGAUCUUAGUUCGAAUCAGCUGAAUGAAGUGCCACGUGCAUUACAAGAUCUCGCUAUGCUACGUACACUAGACUUGGGUGAAAAUCAGAUACGCACUUUCGAUAACCAGAGUUUUAAAAAUCUGCAUCAGCUGACGGGUCUGCGUUUAAUAGACAACCAAAUCGGCAAUAUCAGUGUGGGCAUGUUUGCUGACUUACCACGCUUAAGCGUACUCAAUCUCGCUAAGAAUCGCAUACAGUCCAUUGAGCGCGGCGCUUUCGAUAAAAAUUUCGAGUUAGAGGCGAUACGUUUGGACCGCAACUUCCUCUCUGAUAUUAAUGGUGUGUUCGCAACACUGGUCUCGCUACUGUGGCUCAACCUCUCCGAGAACCACUUGGUUUGGUUCGAUUAUGCUUUCAUACCGAGCAAUCUCAAAUGGUUGGAUAUACAUGGCAACUACAUUGAGGCACUGGGCAACUACUAUAAACUGCAAGAGGAGAUACGUGUCAAGACACUGGAUGCCAGUCACAAUCGCAUCACUGAAAUCGGCGCUAUGUCCAUACCAAAUACCAUUGAGUUGUUGUUCAUCAACAAUAACCUCGUCAGCACUGUGCAUCCGAACGCGUUUGUGGAUAAAGUGAAUUUGGCGCGUGUUGAUCUGUACGCCAACGCAUUGUCUAAGUUGCAAUUACAGCAAUUGCGUGUAGCACCCGUUCAACCGGCCAAACCGCUGCCAGAAUUCUACCUUGGCGGCAAUCCGUUCGAGUGCGACUGCACCAUGGACUGGCUACAACGCAUCAACAAUCUCACCACACGCCAGCAUCCGCGCGUCAUGGAUCUCACGAACAUCGAAUGUGUCAUGCCACAUGCACGCGGUGCACCUGUGCGCCCACUUACCUCACUCAAACCGCAAGACUUCCUUUGUCGCUACGAAUCGCACUGUUUCGCACUGUGUCAUUGCUGUGACUUUGAUGCCUGUGAUUGUGAGAUGACAUGCCCCAGCAAUUGCACUUGCUAUCACGACCAGAUUUGGUCGACAAAUGUCGUAGAUUGUGGCGGCCAACAGACUACUGAAUUGCCGCGUCGUGUACCCAUGGACUCGAGUGUUGUGUAUUUGGAUGGCAAUAAUUUCCCUGUACUGAGGGAUCACGCCUUCAUAGGACGGAAAAAUUUGCGUUCGCUCUACGUGAACGGCAGUCAAGUGGCGCGCAUACAAAAUCGCACCUUCGCUGGUCUCAUCUCACUACAGGUCCUACACUUGGAGGACAAUCUCUUACGUACGCUGCAUGGUAACGAAUUCGAGUUUCUUGUGGCACUACGUGAGCUCUACUUACAAAACAAUCAGCUGACUUCACUGGACAACAUCACGCUAGCGCCUUUGGUCUCCCUUGAGGUGCUGCGCAUAGACGGCAAUCGCCUAAUAACGCUCACCAUGUGGCAGUUGCAACAACCACAGUUCAAGCAAAUGCGUACAUUGGCUUUAGGUCGAAAUCAGUGGAGUUGUCGCUGUAAGUUCCUGCAGGAACUCACGGCCUACGUAGCCGACAACGCGCAGAUUGUGCAAGACAUGCAAGACAUUUACUGCGUGGACGCCGGCAUAAGCGGUACAAGCGUGGUGCAAAAGCGCGAAUUGGACUUCAAUGCGACAGCGGCCUGCACCGAUUACUACGCUGGCGGCUCAAUGCUGCAACAUGGCAUACCAAAGACUUACAUACCCCUACUAGCUGCCGCUUUGGCGCUCAUAUUUUUGCUUGUGGUAGUCAUUAUUAUAUUUGUCUUUCGUGAAUCGCUACGCAUCUGGGUAUUCGCGCAUUACGGUGUACGUGUGUUUGGACCACGCUGCGAGGAAACGGAGAAGCUCUACGAUGCUGUGCUACUGCACUCCGCCAAAGAUUCAGAGUACGUAGCACAACACUUGGUGGCCGAGCUGGAAACUGGGCGUCCGCCAUUACGUAUCUGCCUGCAACACCGCGAUCUUGCACAUGAUGCCACACACUAUCAGCUGCUGGAGGCUUCACGCGUAUCACGGCGCAUUGUCAUCUUGCUGACACGCAAUUUUCUACAGACAGAAUGGUCACGCUGCGAACUGCGACGCGCAGUGCACGAUGCGCUGCGUAACCGUCCACAAAAGCUGGUCAUUAUCGAGGAACCCGAAGUACAAUUCGAGGCGGAGAGCGAUAUCGAGCUGCUACCCUACUUAAAGACAUCCGCAGUGCAUCGCAUACGCCGCGCCGAUCGUCUCUUCUGGGAUAAACUACGCUAUGCGCUACCCGUCGACUAUCCCACCUAUCGUGGUGGCGUUGCUGGUGUGCCCGGCAAUAAUUACACGCUCGAUCACAAUCACGAGCGCAUCAAGCAACCCUCUAGUCCCGGCAUUCUCUACCGCCAAGCGCCACCACCCGCCUACUGCACCGAAGGUGUUGCUGGCGAACUCAUCGGCGCCGAGCCUACGAAUUACUCCUCCGCCACUACAGCGACGCCCAGCCCGCGUCCGCAGCGACGUGAACACAGCGCUGGUGCCAGUAGCGUUGCCGGCACACUACACCAUCCCAUGGUGGGCCAACAUCUACACCCUAGCGCCGCGCAACAAGCAACGCUAGCGGCCGCAGCGGCUCAACGCGGCGCUGAACUGAACGGUAAUGCGGCUGGCGCGGGCAACAGCAGCCAGUAUUAUCAUCAUGCCACAGCGCCCAGCCAAACGUAUGCAAUGCGUCCACCCUCAGAGCACAUAUACUCCAGCAUAGACUCAGAUUACUCGACGCUGGACAAUGAAAACAUGCUAAUGAUGCCACCGCCUUCGCCGACACCAAAUGGCGGCGCAGCAGUGCAGAGCUUACAGCGUUUCCAUCAGCAUCAGCAACAGCAACAACAGCAGCAACAGCUGAUGUCACAAACAUGGCGACCGCAGCAACAACAACACCAACAGCAACAGCAGCAAAAUCAAAAGCAACAGCAACGACGCGGCGAGGGCGAAAUAGCGAGCGGCGUGACGUCAGUGUCGGCGCCGAGUGGCCAACAACAGGGACCGCAUGUGCAGGCGUAUUUAGUGUAGAUAUAGUUGUAAAGCUGCGAUAUGAGCAAAAUAUAAAUACGACGCACACAGUUUAAACAGAAAUUUAACGCAGUUAAAGUAAUACAACUGAUUUAUUUAUUAAGUAGGAACGUAGAACGGCGACGACUUUCUAGGACUGGUUCCUGGCACUGAAACUAACACAACAAAAGUGUAAAUGAAUUUUAUAGUACAUAAAUACCUAAAAGUUUAUAAAUUUAAAAAUGGAAAGUUUAAAAAGUCUACAUUUUUUAUAACUCAAAAUCUUAAAUUUUUUAAACGCAAAAAAUAUUUAUACUAAAAGCAAAAAUUUUAAUUCUACUUUUUUAUUUAAUUAAAAAAGCGCCAAGUGUCGAUAUUUGCUGCGUAGUAGUUAUUGAAUUGUAAAUUUAUUUAUAAAAAACGCAUAAAUUAAAUUAAAAAAAUAAAUUGAAAAAAAAGUUGCUCAGUUGCCUAAGCUGUACAGCAGUUCAAAAAAAGUUAAAUAAAAUUAAUUAAAAAAUAUUUAAUUUAAAAACUAUGUAAAGUAAUUAAUUAAAUUGUAUAAAAAAGCCUAUAAAAUACAAAAAUAACUAAAACAACGGCGACAAGCUGCUUGAUAACCCAGUGAACAAAAGUUAAAUGAAAAAGUUCAAGUUUGAGAAAAAAAUAAAAAACAAUUCUUGAACAAAGUGAUUAUGUUGUUGCAAACGCCGUUAUUGACGUUGCUGAUAAGCGUAUGUAAUAUGUAGUUAUGUAUGUAAACUCGAUUUUCCUCAUAUAAAUAAAUAAUAUAGGCAUAUAUAUAUUACUCAUAAGUGUAAAUAGCUAAAUUAGUUACAUAUAUAUGUGUGUAUGUAUAUGUGUUAAGAUUAAGACUAAGUAUAUAAUGUGUAUGACAACCGUGUACCUACAUGGCUAUAUUUAGUUAGUUAGGUUAAACGCGUGAAAAGCACGGGCAUUGCAGGGUGGUGGUGCUUGAGCGCAAACGGAGUGAAAAGUUAUGCAGUAAGGGGGGAAGAGUGGAAGCCAACUUGAAUGUGGUUGUACUUGCACUUUGUAAUGCAAAUUUCGUUUAAUUACUUAUGUACACACACGUGAGUGCGCGCCGCCCCUUUCACCACCAGUGUCGCAUAAACGCAAAACUGUUUGCCAAUAAGUGCGACCGCUGCUGCUACUGCCCGUACGCAUGUAAAUAUUUAAUUUAAUUAAUAUAAAAUAAACAAACUACACACAACACAAACACACAUAUACAAAUGCAUUUAGUGCAAACACAACAACAACAACAAGCGAAACUGCCAAACGUUAUACACAUAUACCUAUAAUUAAAAUAACAUUGAUGUACAGUUACAAUUACCAUUACAGUUGCAAUGCACUAAUGACGUGAAAGCGUACAUUUAUUAUUGUUGACAAGGACGAACUGCCUGAUAUUUGUUAAGCUAAAACAUUUUUCCUACUCUCUAUAUAUUAAUUGGUCUAUGUACGCACUUGUAUCCACAUACACAUACAUAUGUACAGCGCGUGUUUGUUGUGGCAAUUAUGGCUGAGAAAAAUUUAAAUGAAAUCGUAUGUGUUUUGGUAGCUUAAGCUUCUUUUCUUACUACUUCUAUUUUUCGACAAAAAGUGUUUAUUUAUUAAUUAGACUGUAAGCAGCAAUUUGAAAUUGUGAAAAAACGUGAAAAAUAAAUAUUCAUUAUUGAAACAAAUUGAAAAAUAAAUUUUAUGAUUUUUCUUUACUUUUGGCAGCAGUGUAUUGAACGCAGUAAGUGCUACUAACCGCUAUAGAAGUGAAUGAAACUAACAUGAAAUGCGUGAAAUUAGUUUGAUGAGUUAGUUGUGGUAGUGAUUUUGAAAAAUGUACAA